CAGUCCGCCGCUGCCGCGGCUCGCGCACGCUCCAACCGCCGCAGUAGCCGGGGCUCGGCGGGGCGGGGCCGAGAGGCUGCAGGGGCUGGGCGCGGAGGUGGCUGUCCGCCGGCAGCCGGGAUGCUGCCGCCGCCGCCGCCGCCUGCGAAGAGGGAGCGGGCGCCUAGCGGCGGGAGCGGUCCCCGAGCCCCGCGGCAGCGCUAGGGGACCCUUCCCGCUCAGGCCGUCGCCUGCUCGGCUCCGCGAGCCCUCCGCCGGGCGGUGGGAGCGGCAGGAGCGGAGCGCAGCCCUCGCCCCCGUCCCGCCGCCGCUCCAUGGGAGGAGCCCACCGCCGCCCUGCGGGAAGCGCGGCCGCCGCGCGCCGGGAUUGAGGGGAGCGGGCGGCUCUGAGACGGCGGGAGGAUGCCCCUGUUCCGGAAGGUGCUGCGCGUCUCCAAUCGCUCCAUGCUCGCGUUCAUCUUCUUCUUCUCCUUCUCCUCCUCCUGCCUCUACUUCAUCUACGUGGCCCCUGGCAUAGCAAAUACAUAUCUCUUCAUGGUGCAAGCUCGUGGUAUAAUGCUGAGGGAAAAUGUAAAAACAAUAGGACACAUGAUCAGAUUGUAUACGAACAAAAAUACAACACUGAAUGGAACAGAUUAUCCCGAAGGAAACAAUUCUAGUGACUGUGUUGCUCAAACAACAAUGUAUCUUCCAGAAAACUUCACUUACUCUCCUUACCAGGCUUGUCCAGAGAAACUGCCUUACAUGAGAGGCCUUAUUGAUGUAAAUAUGAGUGAAAUUAGUUUUGAUGAAAUUCAGCAACUAUUUUCAAAAGACUUAGACAUCAAGCCAGGAGGACACUGGAAGCCCAAAGACUGUAAGCCACGAUGGAAGGUGGCGAUCAUCAUUCCUUUCCGUAAUCGUCACGAGCAUCUUCCCAUUUUCUUCCGGCACCUGAUACCGAUGUUGCAGAAGCAGCGGCUGGAAUUCGCCUUCUAUGUUGUUGAACAGACAGGUACACAACCUUUUAAUCGUGCAAUGCUCUUUAACGUUGGCUUCAAGGAGGCUAUGAAGGAUGUUGUCUGGGACUGCAUAAUAUUUCAUGAUGUGGAUCACUUACCUGAAAAUGACCGCAAUUAUUAUGGAUGUGGAGAAAUGCCACGUCAUUUUGCAGCAAAGCUGGAUAAAUACAUGUACAUACUUCCGUACAAUGAGUUCUUUGGUGGUGUAAGUGGCCUGACAGUGGAACAAUUCAAGAAGAUUAAUGGAUUUCCAAAUGCCUUCUGGGGAUGGGGUGGAGAAGAUGAUGAUCUUUGGAACAGGGUUCACUAUGCUGGAUACAAUGUAACAAGACCAGAGGGAGAUUUAGGGAAAUACAAAUCCAUUCCUCAUCAUCACAGAGGUGAAGUCCAGUUUUUAGGAAGAUAUAAACUUCUGAGGUAUUCCAGAGAACGUCAGUAUAUUGAUGGGUUGAACAAUUUAGUAUACACUCCUAAAAUACUUGUCAGUAGAUUGUAUAAAAAUGUAACUGUUAAUCUUAUGCCAGAACUUGCUCCUAUUAGAGACUAUUGAUGGAAAUGGUGUGGCAAGCUAUCCUAGUGGAGUAAACUUUUAAUGCACUGGAAGGUAUUAAUAGACACUGAAGACACUGUAAAACAAAAAACACAUCUUAGAAUUAGGGGGUUUUGUCCUUUUGAUGAUGCAUAUUUGGGAUGAGAAGUAAAGUGAUUGUAUUCGCCAUGCAUUCUGUUCAGAAAGAAAAGCCAGCAGCUACCACUCAGAUGUUUACAGCAUGAGACUACUGUUCAAGCCUUCGUUCUCCAUAUUCUCUAUCUUAACCACUCAGCUAAAUAAACUGCAGAAAACAGACUUGCUAGUUUCACUGGAAGUAGAGACAUUCUUCUUCCAGGACUUCUUUUAUACUAAAUUGCUCCCACUCUGCCCUCCUGUAUUUAAAUGAAUGCUUUUGUUCCUUUUUAAAAUGUGUUUUGUAAAUAUGUGAUGUAAAUUAAUGUGUGUACGUUGCUUUUAAAUUGCUCAAUACUUUAUGCUCCAGUAUGUAUUUGAGUGUGUUCUUGUUUGAAUUCUAUAGGAAUGUUUUUAUUAGCAUGAAACAACAAGUGUGAAAUGUAAGUAUCCUUAAAAAAGGUUAUACCUUAUGUGAAAUGAAGGAAAUAUUAAUUGUUGGCCAGCUAUGACUGUAAACUGUUAUACUAGUUUUGAGCUGUAGGCCUCCUGCAUAUCUAUAUAGAAGAAUCAAUUUCGUAUAUGAACUUUCUCAAAAGAAAGCUAUUAAUUUUAUUUAUUGCCAGCAAAAUUAUACCCUGCCUGCCAUCUAAAUCAUAUUUAUAUGCCUAUUGCAUGCGUAUUAUGGAAAAUCUUGCAGUUGUUACAUUCUAUGAUCUACAGGAACUCUUAAAUGUUUCCACGUGUGCCACUAGUGUCAAUGUCAGGGAUUUUAAUGCUAAAACAAUGUGUCUGGGUGCAUACAGUAUUUUGGUAUUGUCUUUUUUUUUUUUAAUACUAUUGAAAAGCACUUUUAUUCCUCCAAAAUCAGAAGAGCCAAAAAUGUGUCUUCAUUGGAAGAAUAUUAAAGUUAGAUUUUAAAGAAAAUAAGAAAACAUAGUUCUAAUGCUUGCAGUGUGGGAUUUUCAGGAACAUGGUGUGGGUCAAACUGUUCCACUUACAACUGCAUAAGUGCAACUGAAAUUAAGCUAAGUGCUUUUUAAAUUUCCACCUAUAAUAUAUUAAUCAAUAUAGCUAUUGAAGGGCCUAUUCUAGUACAGUGCUGAAUGCUUUUAUGAUGCACUGAGUAUCCUCAAGUCUAUGACUUCAGAUGAGAUUGAGGUUGCACAGUUCCACUAAGAAUUGGUCCUGUCUGUUUCUCUAUUUUUGUGGUGUAAAAUGUAUGAGUAACUAGCCUCUCUCCUUGGCUUAGAAUGAAAAACAUUAUUUUCCUAUUAUCUGUUUGUUUGUAAUGUUAAGCUACUUAUAAGUAACUCAAUGCUAAGAAUUUUUUCCUUUUUUUUUUUUUUUUUUUUACAUUCUUCUUUUAGCAGUAAGGAAAAGGACUGAAUCAUUUAUUUUCUAUGUUAAUGCAAAUAUAGUCUAAGCUCUCCUGAACUGUUUUGUCUGUCGCAGUUAUUCAAUUCUUUUAGGAACCAAAGACUGACUUCUCCUCCUGUAAAGAAUGGAAAGCAGUAUAGGAUUGUUUAUCCAUAGAGCGUUCUGUAAGAGUAUAGACAAAAAAUACUAACUCAUUACUAUGUGUUGGUUUCCUGAAUUGCUGCCACAAAUAGUGUGGUGCUAUGUAUAUUUUGUUUGCCAUAAACACUUUUUAUUUUCCUUGACAUCCCAGCAGUAAAUCUUACUCUUAGUCAUUCUUAGGUAAAGUUAGGAUUUUGCUUAGACAUCCCGAAUGUUUUGUAGAAAUGUAGUGAUUUAAUUGUAGUACUUGAGAACAAUUAUAAGGGAUAAACCUUAUGGGAAUUACCCUGAAAUCUACCAGUUUAUCUAAUAUGCAUUAGCAAUGAUGUGGUCCAAGAUAAUGAAAAGUACAAAGUGAACAGAACAUCUUUUCAAAAGUUAGAUCACCUCCUGAUAUAUUUUUAUAACUGAGUGUAUAGGAUAUUCUGAAGCACAUGGAUAAAGGGAGGUAAUUAAUAUAUCAACAUAUUUAUGUAAAAAACAUGAUCAACAGCAUCUUCAAAAUAAAGUUGGUCUUAUUUCGUAACGGACUAAUAGAAUUCUUUAAGAACUGUUGAAUAAACCUUAAAUUGUCGUAAUUUUGAAGUGAUUUCUGGUUUUCAGUACAAAGUUCACCUAUGAUUCAACACGUAUGAUUACCAAACAUCUUUGGUAUUGUAGGUCUGUACUGUUUUCUGAACCAUGCUUUUGUGCCCGUUCGAUAGGCAUUCUGUGAAAUGUGCGAUUUUUAACCAUUCAAGUGCAUAUAUAUAUAUAUGCAUGGUUACAUAUAUACAUAGUAUGUUACACAUUUGCUGUGGCUGAACUAACAUAACUUCACAGCUGUAAGUGAUUAAUCAUGUCUGGUCUUAGGAAAAAUAUAAUUUUAAACCGGGAUGUGAGUGGAUUAUGACAUAUAGCAGAGUUCUUGAAAAGUUUGCAUUUUGGUGCCCCAAAGUGAUGGAUGUUACUUGAUGAAACGUUAACUAACACUCCUCUCUAAAUAACUUCGAUCACUUUGUUGAGAAGUUUUCAAAGGUGCCAUCUUAAAUUACAUCAAAAUAAUGUUUGUAUACCAUCUGCUUGAGCUCAGUACUAUUCUGUACUUAAUUUUAACCUAGACAGUGCCUUCAAACAAAAUAAAUGUGGUGCAGAACUAAGAAUUCUGUACGUUCCUUUUGAUAUUUUUCAUAGUUCUUGUAAAACAUGGGGGGAGGCCAAGCACAUUGCUGAUGAGGCAAAUAAAGAGCAUCUUCAAGGAGUUAAUUUGGAGGGGGGAGAAAGAAAUUAUUUUUACAAGGUUCUGAAGGUCUUGCAGUUGAGAAUAAAGAUUUUAUGGAAAUAUUAAAGGUUGAAUCUGCUUCAUAUACUCAGAUGCUCUUCAGUGCAUUUUCCACAAUAUAAAACUAAAUAGGAGAAUAUAAAAUAUAAAAUCCAUUUCAAAAUAGAGGCUAUAUUGAAAAAUGUACAAAAUUUCCUUUUUUUUUUUUUUUUCAGAUCUUGCCAGUCUAUUUUUCUAUUAUGUUUACUAAUGACUGUGUUGAAGUGGAUUGCUAAUGAGCCAGUUAAUUUAAAAUAUUAUGACUACCCACUGCUUAUCAGCAAGAGGAAGUGUACUUAAGAUUAUUUUAUUUGUAGAGGUAUGUAAGAUAGGCUUAAUGAAAAAUGCACUGAAACAUAUGCUGGGAAUUUCCUGUGUACUAUCAUCUUGUUGGUUUUUUUUUUUCUGUUGUUCAUGAGAAUGUUUGUACUUUUUUAUCAUUGUCUUUUAUGAAAUAUAACAUUCUAAAGAGUGUGUUGGUUUCGUUAUUCUUAGGCUUUCUGGAGAGGUGUUUUGAUGAUAAAGUGCUGAUUUUUUUCUAGUGCAUAACUUCUUGAAAUAACAGGAAGAGGAAGGGGAAAUCGGGCAGCCAAUGAAUCAGACUAGGCUGUGGUAGGGUGACUUUUGUUAAUUCUCCUAAUAGCUCUUCUCUGCUCUUUAAGAGUAAUUUUCCUUGUACAUGAUUUACAAUAGUGUGAAAAACAUGAAUGAAUCCUAUCUCUUGGCUGACUUUCUCAGGAACAAGCAGUUGUCCUUUGUACCUUUUCCUUUCAUCUUAGAGUUAUUAUUAAUGUCUGAAUACUAGAAGUAUGUAAUUUUUGGAGUACUUAAACUGAAGCCAAAGGUAUUUGCAGAACUCUAUGGAUCUUUUGAGAAUCCACAAAUAACUUCAAGUGUGUUUAAUGAUUUUAAUGUUCUGCAAUAGUAGAUAAGAAUUCUCUUGAAAGUGUUAUCAGCUAUAUUUAGGAGUGGGAAAGGAGGCUUUUUGAGUUUGUGUAGAAUCUUUGCAUACUCUUAUUUACCCUGUUGUCACUCAAAAGCUACUUCUAUGUGUGGCCCCAUGUGAUUUCAUCCACAGUGGGCUUUAAUAAUAAGAUAUAGAUGAUGGCACGUAGUGGUUUACGUUUCCCAUGUGCUCACUUACCUUUCAGGUUUAUUUUGUUCACUUUCUUUCUGAGGAAUGUAGCUUAUUAACUUCACAGAAGACUUUGGUCAGUACAUUCUUUUAUAAACUUAAUGUGUUUCUCUGAAUGCUUUUAUUCACAAGAGUGAUUGAAAGCAAAGUCAAUACAUCUUCCUAAAGUUAACAAAAGGAAUAAACAACUUGACAUUUGCUGUUAGUGAUUUACUCUGGGAAGUGCUAUGUAAAUUCUAAAACCGUUACCGAAGUCAGAAACUAUUUGUAGAGUUUAUGGAAACUUUAAUUUACACAUCUAAAGCCUUA